AUGGGAUCGUUUAUCCCAGCCGCCGUCCACGGCAAGACUGCUAUGCCAACACUACCUAGUCUGCCUUCCCGUCAUUUCAUUUGCUCCGACUGCACGGCUGGAGGAGUUGCAAAGGGUGCUCGAGCAUCAACCUCCACAGCAUGGGAAACUCUGCACCCUUUGUUGCUACUUCCGUCAGGUGGUUGUGCUCUAAAAGCGACAUCAACAGCGCCAAUAUUCGGCCUCGCCGGACUAGACAUGGUAGAAAAGGAUGAUGAAGCCACCAAAAGCGAGCCCUGGCCUCCACAGAAUCCCCAACAAUGGAAUCAAUAUGAUGCUUUGACCGAGUCACCUGUCCCGUCCUUCCAUAUUCAGUACUCCCCAGAAAUAGAUGAACCAACCAACUGGUAUGGCGUGCCUGCGCCGCCCCCUGAAUCAACCCGUGACACCAAUGCACAGAAACGUGAUGAAGAAGAAGAUGAUGUGCGAAUUGCACUACGAAGCAAGUUGAAUCUCAUAACUACUGAAAACGUACAUGAGGAUCUUGCUGCUAUCAAUCACCUCAUCAACGACCUCCGGAGUGCCACAGCCUCUUAUUUCAUCCUUGAAAAUGGAAGAGGAACUAGCGCAGCUAGAGUACGAUUACAACGGACGCCUAGAAAUAUUGCAAACCAUCAUCAAAUAUCCAAGCGGCUGUUGGCGCAGGCCCGACCAAUUAACUUGGACACCGAAUCUUCAUCAGCGGACUACGCCUCAGACUAUGAAGACCAAAGGUUGCCCCAAGUGGCUGAUUACCUCUCCAUGGUUGGCGAGGCACGCAUUCUCGCAGAACGGUUAUCGGAGCUCAAGACAGAAUACCUGGUCCUAAUCGAUCAACACGAGCUCCGCGAACGAGUCGACAUCCCACUGGCCAGCGCAGCCCUCAAUUCCCUCCUUCUCUACCAGGAUGAAAAGACGAAGAUCGAGACCGAGCUAAAGCUAGCCCGUCAUACUUCGAGUCGCACCCGGGACAUGCAAAUUGCUCCGCCCCAUUUCAUGCCUGAGAAACCAGAGGACCACACGUACAACGAUCCGCUGCACUCGUCGAGAUUUGAAGAUUCAUCGCCUUUCUUUGCGUCCGGACACCCACAGUCUGUCAACAAAGGCUCUUUUGUGAAUCCAUGGCUUCUUUAUCGGUUGCGAUACUCAAGGGUUAAGACCAUGCGGUUUAAGUCUGCACCUGAACUGAUAGAUCUGGAUAGCAUGGGCUGGAGGUCCGAUGAUAUUAGCAAGAUGGCAAUGAUGCUCUGGUUCCAAGGGAGCAUGGAGCAUAUUAGGAGUCAUUCAGCUGGA